CUAAAACUUUUCCAAACAAAGCCUAGGCUGCCUUCUAUGUAGCCCAGCCUCAUCCGUUCCAGUCCUAAUUAUCAUGUAUAUGUGCAAUUGUCUAUCAAAUCUUAUGAGUAACAGAUUGAUCGCAAUGAUACCACUAGCGAGUAAUUGGAUUUGAGUCUCGGGAGAGCCCGACUAUUAGGUAGGCCGAGAUUUCAAUAUCCGCUGCUGUCUUUUCGCGAGUGGAUAUAGUUCCUCUCAGCAUCAGAAUACGAGAAUCCGAAACUCCCUUUCCCUCGAUGGACUCCGGUCUCUUCUCCCUUGCUCGUGGCCUGAGAAGAGCCUUCCAAGCCCGUCUCCGGUCCCCAGAAACCUUCGGUCUCCAGCCGAGCCGGUCUUAUUGCAUGAAGAAAGCUCCUCGCCAAACUCUCCAGUCCAUGAUAUGGCCGCUCGGCCAUCCCAGCGUCAGCCUCGCGCCGGAGCUCGACCGCUGGGUCGAGAAGAGGAAUCGCGUCCGCCUCGUCGAGCUCCAUAACAUCAUUCGCGAACUCCGGAAGCGCCGGAGGUACAACCAAGCACUUGAGGUUUCCGAGUGGAUGAAAAAUAAAGGCAAAGUAUCAUUUAUGCCAAGCGACCAUGCUGUGCAUCUUGAUCUGAUUGGUGAAGUUCAUGGAUUGGCCUCUGCUGAAAGCUAUUUCAAUGGCAUGCAUGAGAAAGACAAGACGGAAAAAACAUAUGGUGCGCUCUUGAACUGUUAUGUGAGAGAACGCCUAACUGAGAAGGCCUUGUCCCAUAUGCAUAAGAUGAAAGUGAUGGGCUUAGCAUCCUCCCCUCUGCCUUACAAUGAUAUCAUGUGCCUCUACACAAAUACUGGCCAGCAUGAAAAGGUUCCUCUUGUUCUGGCUGAAAUGAAGGAUAAUGGGGUCUUACCUGAUAAUUUCAGCUACAGAAUUUGCAUAAAUUCUUAUGGCACAAGGCGUAAUGUUGAUGGCAUGGAGAAAGUUCUAGAAGAGAUGGAGCAUCAGCCACAGAUUGUCGUUGACUGGAACACGUAUGCUGUGGUUGCAAACAUCUAUAUAAAAGCAGGGCUUAUUCACAAGGCUGUGUCUGCACUUCAAAAAGCAGAAGAAAAGCAGGACAAAAAAAAUGGGCUUGGCUACAGCCAUCUGAUCUCCCUUUAUGGACAUUUAGGAAUGAAAUCCAAGAUGCAGAAGCUAUGGGAACUUCAGAAGUUAAAUUGCAAGAAAUUUAUCAACAAGGACUAUACGGCCAUGCUUGGGGCGUUGGUGAAGCUUGGGGAGUUGGAAGAAGCUGAAGUGUUGCUUAAGGAAUGGGAAUCAAGUGGAAAUGCUUUAGAUUUUCGUGUUCCAAACAUUCUCCUUAUUGGGUACCGGCAAAAGGGUUUGCUAGAAAAGGCUGAGGCAAUGCUUGAUAAUUUCUUAAACAAAGGGAAGACUCCACCAGCAAAUAGUUGGGGAAUUGUCGCAACUGGAUAUGCAGAGAAGGGCAAGUUGGACAAGGCAUACGAGUUUAUGAAGAAUGCCCUUUGUGUUUAUGUUCCAAAUGCAGGGUGGCAACCAAACCCCAAGGUGGUUAAGAGUAUACUGCAUUAUAUCAACAAUGAAGGGGACAAUGGCAUCAAGGAUGUUGAGACUUUCAUUGGUUUAUUAAAAAUUGCAAUGCCCAUGGAUCAGGAUAUGUAUCACACAUUGAUCAAGGCUAAUGUUAGAGCAGGGAGAGAUGUAGAUGACCUUUUAAAGAGUAUGGAAGCUAAUGGAAUACAACAGAAUGAGGAGACGAGGAAGAUUCUAAGAUCAAUAUGUUAAAAUUACUCCUGUUAUUCAUGAAUAAGAAUUUAUAUCUUAAGGAGGAUAUCAGAUAAGAAAGGACAUGCUUUAAGUUGAUUUUUCCAUGCUUCUUUUAGAUUAUUUUUAA